AUGAGGGUUGUAGCACUAGUCAGUGGUGGAAAAGAUUCUUGCUUUAAUAUGAUGCAAUGUAUAGCUGCAGGUCAUGAUAUUGUGGCCUUAGCUAAUUUAUACCCUGUUGGGAAGGAUGAACUUGAUUCAUUUAUGUUUCAAACUGUUGGAUAUCAAGGUGUUGAAUACAUUGCAGAAGCAAUAGGUUUACCAAUGUAUCGUGAACCAACAUUUGGUAGAUCAAGAAUGCAAGAAAAAUAUUAUUAUCCAACAGAAAAUGAUGAAGUUGAAGAUCUCUUUAGGCUGUUAAGUAAAGUAAAGGAAAGAGAGAAUAUAGAAGCUGUUUCAUCAGGAGCUAUUCUAAGUGACUAUCAACGAAUUCGCGUGGAAAAUGUAUGUGGUCGAUUAGGUCUUGUUUCUUUAUCAUAUUUAUGGAGACGAGACCAAGAUGAAUUAUUAAAAGAAAUGAUAGGAAGUUCUGUGAAUGCAGUUUUAAUAAAAGUAGCAGCUUUAGGCCUUGAACCAAGGCAUUUGGGUAAACCAAUUUCUGAAAUGCAAUCCCAUCUUGCCAAAAUAAAAGAAAAAUAUGGUGUAAAUAUCUGUGGUGAAGGAGGGGAAUAUGAAACCUUCACAUUAGAUUGUCCACUAUUUAAUAAAAGCAUUAUAAUAGAUGAAUAUGAAAGUGUAAUUCAUUCAAACGAUAACAUAGCGCCAGUUGGUUAUUUGAAUUUCAAAAAAAUUCAUGUACAAAACAAAAAUGGUGGUGUAGAAGGAUUAUCGUUACAAGAAAGAUUAAAAAAUGUUCCUAUUAAAUCUCCAUCUGAUUAUAUCGAAGAAAUUAUUGGUCCAGAAUUACACGAUGGUUGUAACCUAUCGGAAGACGAAAAUGAUGAACAUGAUUGUACAGAUAGUAGUCUGAAGACUUCAAAUUCUGGUCAAUUUAAUCCACCGAGUCCUAUGCAAAUUUUAUACGAAGAAGAAGAUUAUCCCGAUGUGCCCGUGGUAAAUAGAAAUCAAACCGGCUGGUUCUGGUUUGGCGGUAUAGCUGGAAAACAUCCAGAUGCUAAAUCCGCGAUGCGAGAGGCACUGGAGAAAUUAAGCAAUCUAGUCAAAAAGGAAAAUCUUCAAAUAUCGGAUAUCGUUGCAGUAACAUUAUAUAUAAAAGAUAUGUCAAAUUACAUAUCUAUAAAUGAGGCUUACAUGUCAUGUUUAAAUAAAACAAAUCCACCAGUUCGCGUAUGUGUGGAAUGUCCGUUAAAUAUACAUGUUGUUCUUGAUGCUAUAGCCUAUAAAGAAACUCAAGACUGUGGUGAUAAGAAAGUUCACAAACGACAUACAAUGCAUGUUCAGAGCAUAAGUCACUGGGCACCUGCAAACAUUGGUCCUUACUCUCAAGCAGUUCGUGUUGGUGACAUUAUCUCAGUUGCUGGACAAAUACCCUUGGUGCCUGGUAGUAUGACUAUUUUGGAAUUAAAUAUUAAAAGGCAAUGUCGUUUGACGUUAAGGCACAUAGAUCGAAUUGUUAAAGCUAUGGAUUCAAAUACGCAACUCAGGGAUAUUGUGCAAGGUAUUUGUUUUUUAACUCAUUCUAGUUACAUACCAGACGCCCGAAAGGAAUGGGAAAAGCGAACAAAUAAUGCCAUCGUGGAUUACAUUGUUGUUCCAAACCUUCCGCGUGGUGCUCAAGUUGAAUGGUGUGUUUGGGCUCAUAGAGAUAAUAAUAGAUUUGAAUAUGAAGAGACUGGAAAAUGUGUAGGUAAUUUCAAAGUGGCAAUAAGACGUAGGUGGAAUUAUGAAAAUAAUGUUUCAGCUAUCGUGUGUUAUAUGUCUACUGGUUCAUCCAACUCGACUGGUAAUUUAGCCACGGAAACAAGUUUGCCCUCUGCAGAAUUAACUGUAAGCGAAUUAACGGAGGCAUUUGAGUAUGUGCUGUGCAAACUUACAAAAGGAUCGCAAACCAUAAAUCCAACCUGUAAUUUACGAAUCUUCUAUAAAGUCGGUAGUUCACCAGGUCCGAACUUUGUUCAAGACGUUCUUUCUAAAUUUUCUACACGAAAUUUAGUUACUACUAUUAUACCAGCAACACACUUACAUAAUUUUAGUACUUUCUUAUCCAUAUGUGGUAUUAGACACGAGUAAAGCCUAAUAACAGUUUUUACGUUGUCAAUUAUUUACAAAGAUUAUUGUAUUGCAAAGGAGUAUCGUAAAAGAUUUUAUUUGUCAUUUAAAUUAUUUUAAUUAGUGGAUAUGAGCCAAGGUCAAUCAAUUUUAGUAUUAAAAUGGCAAUUAUUAAUGGCUAUAGGAAACUCGACCACGGUUGUAAAACUUUAUAUAUUCGAAAUGAUAAUUAUUUAGUAGCAUCAGUGCUCGAAUAUAAACAUUAUUUUUCACCUUUUCUACUGGUCGCUUGUUGGGUUUACUCAGAAUUCACUUGACAUUUGUCAAUAGUGUAUUUAUAUUCGGCUAGUCAACGGGACAUUCGUGACUUUGUCUCGUUAGUGUAAGUGUUCUACGUAAUGUAAAACACGUUAUGUCAUCUCAUAACGUGUACUGUAUGCUACGCCUCGUUUUUGCUCAAGUUAUUUUUUAUUUUUCACAAUUUCACGAUACGUGCGGAGUGUUAAGUGUGUGAUUUUAUGGAAGAAUUUGAAAGCGUGCACAGCCAUUUUUACAGUAGCGCUCAAAGCAAACUGAAUUAACAAAAAGUUACCUAUCAAAUGUAAUUAGAGCAAUCUAUAAAUUUUAACAACAAAUAUGAAAAGAAUCUAGUUUACGUUCUUUUCAAUUUUAUUAACAGAAAACUGAACCGACAAACGGGAAUUUAAAAGCACUUCUUGACGAUCGUCUACUAUCACUUUUAAAAUGCUGCCGAUGUUAUUCCGCUAUCAUUUAAACUUUGUAUCGUGAUGGCAGGUAUGUAGCUUUACAGAAGACAAAAAAAAAGUAUCUACUUCGCAAAGAUAUUGUGAAAAUCCUCGGUAAUUUCUGUAUAACUGAUCUGUGCUCUAGGGAUACAUCUUGUACAAAAGCGAUAUAUGCUAUUUAUUAGAAUAUUUUUGACAGUAUAACAUUCAUGCAAUGAUAUACCAAAGUUUAUAUUUUGCAAUUUUGUCAUUGUUUCGAAUUCAAUAUUGUCAUUUUCUUUUCUUGUACAUAUUACUAAAUAAUGUAAACAUUCUUGUAAUAUAUUAUAAAAUGUAAUUAGUUUUGAACAAGAAAAUUGGUUAUUGAUUAUGUAUAAUUGUUAAGAAAAGGUAUGAAGAAUUUCUGAUACGGGGAAUACACAGCAUACUGUUCACGACAUGGAAGCUGCGUUACUAUAAAUAUGUAAAAAAGAUAUUUGCAAGUAUGGAGCUCUCGCAACAAAGUACUAUUCCGAGGAUUAUAUUGCAAAAGAAAAAUAAAGAAAGUGAUAUAUAUUUUUAAGAAA